AGAAGCCAGAAGGAAAAAGAUUAUUUAAAGAAUGGCAGCUGCUUCAACGUCACUGUGGAUGGGAGAUUUGGACCCAUACAUGGAUGAAUCCUUUAUCUCUAUGGCCUUCAAACAAAUGGGUGUUGCUGUUAAAGGAAUAAAAGUCAUCAAAAGCAAAACAACAGGAUUGCCUGCAGGUUACUGCUUCAUUGAUUUUCAUGAUCAUGAAAAUGCCCAUCAGGCCAUGCUGAAACUGAAUGGAAAGAAUAUACCCAAUAGCAGCCCUCCAAGACGUUUCAAGUUAAAUAGUGCCAGCUAUGGAAAGGAACAUCUAUCAACCAUAUUUAUUUUUUUUCACAGGCCCGAGUUUUCCCUUUUUGUUGGUGACUUGACAGAAGAAGUAGAUGACUACACAUUGUACCAGGCUUUCUCUAGACGCUUUAGGUCUUGCAGAUCUGCAAAAGUGGUUUUGGAGCCAGGUGGUAAAAGUAAGGGGUAUGGAUUUGUAAGGUUUACAGAGGAGACGGACCAACAGAGGGCGCUUAUAGAGAUGCAACACAUGCAGGGAGUGGGGAAAAAGCCAAUACGAGUUAGUCUAGCUACACCUAAAAGGCCCAUGGGGCAAGAUCCAAAUGCAGCAUACUAUGGAAACUAUUACGGCCAAAACUACUACAACAACCCCUAUUAUAACUAUUACGGAUAUAACACAUACAACCAGUACUAUGAUCAGUACGGAGGUUACAAUAAUUAUUAUGAAAAUCAACAAGAAGAGGACUUAGAGGCUUUGGAAGAACCAGAGUUAGAAGUAGAUGUAUUCAGAUACAAUAAGGACUACAUGGAACAGAGUGAGGAAAUAUUUGAUGUGCUGGAACUUUCUCGAUGGACUCCACUUGAUUCUGUCAGCUCCAAACUCCCAACCGUGAAGCUGGUGUGAUGUAUAACUGAGAGGAAAAAAACUCAACUUUUUAAUGGCAACUUUGUUCUCCAAAGUAAUAGAUUAUCAUGUGAAAAGUUCAUUGUGUUUUCUGUAUCAAAUGACCAAACUAAAGUGUUCUAUUUUUAUGAUUCAUAAUGGUUAAAAUGAAGCCUAAAUAUUUUAAGUGAUUGAUAUAGGUCACUGAUUUAAGGUUGAAGGCAAUAAUUCAUAAUAGUAUGAAUUUUGAAAUAAAAUUGUUAUACAUGUAAACAAA